CAGUCGUGCUGUGACGUGCGCCCGCGCAGUUCUCUCGUGACGUCCGAAGUGGUCCAGGAUGUCUCCAGCAGCGUCGUUUGGUGAACGAUGGGCUCGCGACAACCUGACAAGAGAAGCUUCAUCGGACGAGAUUCUGAACUUAGAACUUUUUCCUGUCACCUGUGAUGGAAAUGAGGCUGAAGCUGCUAAAAGAGCCAGGAGAUACUACACGGCUAGAGGACCUGGGGGACUAUCGGAUCUCUGGCACAAGAGACACCCAGAUGAUGAGGAUAUCCUGUCUAGUUGUCAAGAUGCAUACAUAGUACCGUUGCGCACACGCACCGUCGGGGGUAAGCGCGUGACCAUCGUUUGCUUACCCGCACCUACGGCUUCGGACCGGCCUCUCUCUGCUAGAGCUUUGUUGGCGAGGUGGCUUAUGAUAUUAGACAUAAGAUUGCGUGAAGAUCCAACUCCCGGAGAAGAAAUUGUGUUCAUAGAUGUUUCUGAUUUACAACCUUCGCAUCUUAAGAAUCAUUUCCGAGGUUCAUAUUGGAAAGACUUUAUUCGUUGUAUGAAGUCAGCUUAUCCUAUCCGGUUUAACGAAGUGCACGUAAUUAAUACGCAUCGUUUGAAAGCCAUGUCGCUUCUGCUUCUGCAUAUCGGGCUAUACCCAUGGCGACGCAAGAUUGUACACGUUCAUUCGCAUACGGAGCACAUCAACGAAGCAAUGGGCGUGGAUUUCUUCUCUGUUGAAGGUCUACCGUAUGAAUAUGGUGGUAAGGCUGGAGCCAUGAAAGACUUGAAUGACGAAUGGACUAAGAAAUUGCUCCUAAACUCUAAGUGGCUGCAAUUAGAAGAACGUAAAUACUAUGAAACAGAGCUAAAACCGGAACUCAAAUACGCACGUCACAAGAGUGUCCGGAAUCUACACAGGAACGCGUCAUACGACAUGCUUACACGCACACAUUCAUGCAGAUCACUACAUAAACAAGGUGACUUGGAUGAAGAAUUACACGGUGAUUAUAGGACUUUGAAAGUGGCGGAUAAACAUUUUUAUGUGUGAUUUAUUUGCUUUUACUCAAAUGACAAAUUCAGGAUCUCUAUUGUACGUGACGUUUUAUUGUUUCCUCCAUAGAUCGUAAAGUAUGCUAGAAAUUGCAUUAGUUGUAUUUAAUUCAUUCGUAUAAUACAUAAGAUAUUAUAGUCUUCAUAAUCAUCUGAAAUUUUCUCAAUCCUAAAAUAUUUUUUUAAAUAAACAUGGCGGAAAUUUUAUAAAGUAAUAAGAUACUUUAAUUAAUGUCCGUUCUUAUAUUAUAAGACUAGAGAGAAUGCGUGUAAGUGAGACAAGCAACAUUAAUGACAAUAUGUUAGAGCGAAUCGAAUACAUAAUGUAUGUUCAAUUUUAUUUGUACUAUCUUAUAAUCUUAACAAUUUAUGACCAGUGUACACAUCUCCUGUUCCUAACAAUG